UGAAGGCAGGCCGGAUUUUUUGGUUCCCAGAUCGUUGGACGUCGAAUCGAAAUCGGUUGGUGGUGGCGGCUUUUUCCCCCGUCCCCUCAACCGAGCACAGACACGCUCUCUCUCCCCCUCCCUUCCUUUAUACAAACGAGUGAUAGGUCCCCCUCAUUCCCCUUUUAGUGGCAAUGCGUGUGUGCCUUUGGUGUUGGCAUCGUAGGCUUGUUCUGAGGAUGGCAGUACCAACAGCUGCCUGUUGUGUACUCAGUUCCACAGUUGCCGCACGUGUGCAUUUGCAUAUUGUCGGUUUUGUGAAUAGUUAUCCGCUCCGGGAUAGGAAUAUGUGUAAAAUUAGGUUGUGUAUGUUCCUGACGGAUGGGAAAGACAAUAUGUGCUGUGUUGUGCUUGUGCAACAGGCCGAGAUAGGUUCAGAGCUGGGGACUAGCUUGGUUGGUUUUGGUAUUUUUUUUUUCCCUUUUUCCCUUGUUGAGGCACGUGUGUAUGUGUGUGUGUGUAUGUGUAUGUAUGUAGGUAUGUGUGUGUGUGUGUGUAUGUAUGUAUGAAGGAAGAAACACGUGGAAUACUAAGGUAAUACUAAAGUAGAAGUAGGAGUUUUGCUGUUUUGGAUUUAUAUAAGAACGAACGAAGCUAUGGUCGGGUUGGUAUUAAAGAAGGGUUGAGAGUGUGAGUUUGAGGUGUGUCUGAGAUUCAGAUUUCAGAUUCUUUGUGUCUCUGAUGAAGAAUUUAAUUCAAAGUUGGUGAUGACUCUCCCCCUCCCUUCUGGGGAAGCUAGACUAGAAAUUAUGAGCUGGGGUGGCCCUUCAACGGGGACCCUGAAGGAUCUUCACACCACCUGCCUACUACAUAGUACAGUACUACCUAGUACUACCUGGGUACAACCUGA